CAGCAGCCCCAUGGCCGCGCUGGAGCCGCCGCGGCCGCCCCCGGCCGCCGCCGAGUCCCCGGAGCCGGAGCCCGGCGGGCGCUACGAGGCCGUGGUGCCGCACUGGUUCUACUGCAAGGUCACGGACUCGCGGGAGCGCUGGGUGCCGUUCAGCGCGCAGGACUCGGAGCGGCUGGAGGCGGCGCACGGCGCAGGGAAGGACCAGGAUGGCGUGGUGGUGCCCACCUCGGGGGGCAGGUACGACGUGCACCUGCGGGCGCGGCGGCGCGUGGCCGUGUACUGGGAGGAGGAGGCGGCCGAGGUGCGGCGCUGCACCUGGUUCUACAAGGGGGACAAGGACAAUAAGUUCAUUCCCUACUCGGAGUCCUUCAGCGAGGAACUGGAGGAAGCUUACAUGAUUGCCGUGACCCUGGGUGAGUGGAAGAAGAAGCUGGAGUCCCCCAACAGAGAAGUCAUUAUCCUGCACAACCCAAAGCUGAUGGUUCACUACCAUCCCGUUGCCAGCUCCGACGACUGGGUCUCCACCCCCAUGGAGCAAGGCCGGCCCCGCACUGUGAAGAGAGGAGUGGAGAACAUCGCUGUGGAGAUCCCCAACGGAGAGCCGCUGCAGAUCGACCACCUGGUGUUCGUGGUGCACGGCAUCGGCCCCGCCUGCGACAUCCGCUUCCGCAGCAUCGUGCAGUGCGUGAAUGAUUUCAGGAACGUCUCUCUCAGCAUGCUGCAAGCACACUUCAAGAAGGCCCAGGAGCAGCAGCAGGUUGGGCGGGUGGAGUUCCUGCCUGUGAACUGGCACAGCUCCCUGCACUCCACCGGCGUGGACGUUGACCUGGAGCGGAUCACGCUGCCCAGCAUCAACCGCCUGCGUCACUUCAUCAACGACACCAUCCUGGACGUGUUCUUCUACAACAGCUCCACCUAUUGCCAGACCAUCGUGGACACGGUGGCCUCGGAGAUGAACCGCCUGCACCGGCUCUUCCUGCAGAGGAACCCGCGCUUCAGGGGCGGGGUGUCCAUCGCGGGGCACAGCCUGGGGUCGCUCAUUUUGUUUGAUCUCCUGACGAACCAGAAGGCUGAUCCUGAGGAGGAUGAGCACUGUGCACAGGGGUCCAGGACAACCUCAGGCACAGGGGGUAUUGAGGAAGUAAAAGAAAUCCUGAAGAAGCUGGAGCUGUCCGAGUAUUGUGAUGUUUUUGAGAAGGAGAAAAUGGACAAGCAAGCAUUGUUCUUGUGCACAGAGAAAAACCUGAAAGAAAUAGGAAUUCCCUUAGGGCCAAGAAUGAAAAUACUCCAUUACAUCAGCUCCAAGACAGAGAUGAAGGGCUGGAGCUCAGCAGCUCCUGGGCACGGUGCACGUGGGGCUGAGCCAAGGUCCCCAUCCCAGCACGGGGACAGCUCCGAGGAUGGCAGGAGCUGCCAGUACCGGGACGUUGGCUUGGGACAGGUCUCGGCAAACUACCCCCAGCUGAACUACAAGCCCACCAUCUUCUUUGCCUUUGGCUCUCCCAUCGGGAUGUUCCUCACCGUGCGAGGAGUGAAGCGCAUCGACCCAAACUACAGCCUGCCCACCUGCAAAGGCUUCUUCAACAUCUUCCACCCCUUUGACCCGGUGGCGUAUCGGAUCGAGCCCAUGAUCGUCCCGGAGCUGGAGUUCGAGCCCAUGCUGCUGCCCCACCACAAGGGCAGGAAGAGGAUGCACCUGGAGCUGAAGGAAGGGCUGACCCGCAUGAGCGUGGACCUGAAGAACAACCUGCUGGGCUCCCUGCGGGUGGCCUGGCAGUCCUUCACCCGUGCCCCCGUGCCAGCCCUGGAGGCAGGGAGCACCGAGGCAGAGGCAGAGGCAGAAGCUGGCACUGAGAAGCAGCCAGAGACAAAGCCAGAGGAGCCCCUGGCAGCAGUGAAGGAAGAGACCCCCCCCAUCAACGUGGGGAGGCUGAACGGGGGGAACCGCAUCGACUACGUGCUGCAGGAGAAGCCAAUAGAGAGCUUCAACGAGUAUUUGUUUGCACUCCAGGGCCAUCUCUGCUACUGGGAGUCAGAGGACACUGUUCUGCUGGUUCUGAAGGAGAUCUACCAGACCCAAGGCAUCACUCUGGAUCAGCCUUUACCAGGAAGCCAGUGACCCACCUGUGCUGUUCUGGCUGUUCAACCCCACAGAGUACUCACCAGGAAAGUCCAGAUCUCGUCUCUGCCUUCCUCUCUCCUCUGCUGCCGUGUCCUGCAUGCUGCUUCCCAAGUACUUGCUGCUGCCUGGAGAUAAGGAUGGAUUUUCCUCCAUUUUGGGUAGGGGUAGGGGGAAAAACUGUCAAGGAAAACCACUUCUGCUCAAACACCCACACCACCUGUACAGUGACUCCCUGUGGCAACGUGUACUUUUAAGCCUGCACCCUGUGAGUCCCCAGCAGCUCCUCCAGCACUGCAGCAGAAGAGCUGUCCAGGCUCAGCACCCAGCGAGGCCCUGAGCCCACAGCUGGCUCCACUCACAGCCCAGGAUCCUGAGGAGAAAAAGCCUUAAACACAGCGUGGGAAGAGCUGCAGCAGCCUUGGAGCAAGGGAGAUUGCUGACUGCUAACACAAACCCCCCACCAGCACUGCAAGCCCAGGAGGUGAAGCCCAGGGCUCAGGCUGCUGCAGAGCCACAGGGGCUGUCCAGCAGCCCCCUCAUCCCUGCACUGCUGCUGCAUGUCUGCAGCCCUGCACUGCAGCCAGGCAGGGCUGCCCUGUGAAGCACCCCGUGACAGUGGCAUGCUCGUGCUCCUCCCCGCUGGGGACAGCUCAGCACCCCAGCCAGGGUGUCCCCACAGCCCUGACCCAGCUGUACCUGCUCCAGGAAAGCUUCCCCUCAGCUGCAGCCAGCCCAGGGAACAGCAGCUGCUGCUGGCAGUGCCAGGGUGAGCCCUCUGAGCCCUGCAGGGACACAGAGCUCUGUGCCCGCCACGCUCCCGUCCUGGUUUAGCUUUAAAUGUACAAAACACAGCCAGCAAAGGUGGAGCCCAGACCCAGCAGGGUCUGGCCACUGCAGAAAUGACACCAGCUCUGUGGGCAGCUCAGUCUGCACCUGCUUUGAAGCUCUUUUCUGAGGGGGCAGGGCUGGAGAGCCUCUGUGAUCCUUCCCUGGGCACCAAAGCCCCUGGGCUGGGGCUCCAGUGCUGUGUGAGGUGUUGCUGUGCAGCCUCUGGAAGAGCCAAACCACUUUCCCUCCUGCUGACUUUUGCCCCUGCAUGGGGUAAGGAGCCUUUUUCCCCCACAACCUGUUGGUUUGUUUUUCCUCCAUUGUCUGUUAUUUGCACUAUUGGAAGGGUUUUGUUUGCAGCCUCCAUCCCUCGUCCCCUCCCAAGGAACAGAAGCUGUUCUUUACCUGACUGCAGGAACAGCCAAGCUGCUUGGUCAGCACCUGACCCACUGCUGGCUAAGGUCUCGUGGGAGUAGGAAAAGGGACAGUCUUAACAUGGGACACUAAUGAUCAGCUUUUUAAGUUAUGCACUUUGUUAAAAAAAAAAAAAAAAAGAAGUUAAAUACAUUUUAAAUGUUAUUUAAUGUCUUUUCCAGUAAAAGCCAAAAUAAAUAAGUAGAUGAC